UUUAAUUUUGUUCUUAAAAAUGAGUACAGAUGAUAUAGUAAUCAUCAAUGAUGAUGAUCAAAAAGAUUCGGAUGUUGAAAUAGUUGAUAUAACUAAAGAAAAUAGCACAGAGCUGAAAUCAUCAGACAAUGAUGCCAUUAUUGUAGUUGAUGAUGAAAACACACCAACAGAUAAUGAUGUCAUUGAAAUAAAAGAUAUGAACAGAGAAACUAACAACAGACAAAUAAAAGCACAUCUGGAAAAAGUGUGCUCUGAAAACCGAUUAAUUGGUGAAUUCAUAGAAAAAUGCCUAGAUAUUGAAAACUCCUGUGGCAUGUUAAGGGUGAUAUACAGAUCAUUUUUACCAUUGUAUUUUGAAUUAGAAGAUAAUUAUAAGGAUUCAGAAAAUUUUAAGAAACUUAUUGAUAUGAAGUUAAGAGCAUUAGAAUUAAAUCCUAAUCGAAAAUUUUCACAUGUCAAGUCAGUCUGUGAAGUGAUGAAAAAUUUUAAAAGAAAUAGAAAGAAAGUUCAGUUUAUUACAUUAGCAACAAGUGCAAAAGCAAAAUCUCCAAUUAAAAGAAAAAGGAGACAUCCUAAGUGUCUCACACCAUACAAAAAGGUCAAGAGAAAAGUUGUUCAAGAAAAUGCCAAUAUUAUACUUAUUGAUGAUCACGAUGAAUCCUCAGUGAUAUCUAUGAAAAAUACUGUUACAACUUUAGCAAACAAAACUAUUCAAGAUGAUGAUGAUGUUGUAAUAUUAGAGGAUACACCAAGUAAAGAAAAUAAUUCAACCAACAGUACAGUAGAAAAUGGUAACAUCAUUACAAAUAGCCAUUCAUCAUCUAAGAAUUGUGAUAAUCAGAUAGAAACUACAAUAAAAUCAUUAGAAAGACAAAUUGAGUUUUAUAAAAAGCAAAUUGAUCAUUUGGAACAGCAAGAGGUGAAUUGGAGCGACAUGUACAAUUCCUCAUAUAUACAGUGUGAAAAAUACAAGUCCUGCCUCGUUUCGCUGUACAAAAGGUUAUGCAGCCUCACUGGUCAAGAAGCAAUAAAAAGGCGCAAAGUAAAAUUCAUGGCCACCGAUAACCGCCCACAGCUACCGGUCAAAAUUCUAGAGAAUUUUAUAAACGAGAAUAUUGGUAGCGAUGGCAUUCCGUUCUUGCCUGAUUUUAUGGACGUCGUAAUGUGCGUUACUAAGGCCAACAGUGAUGGGGGGUUGGGUUGGACGCAAGCCCGGAUCAUGAGUGAAGCACGAAACCUAUUCACGUACUGCGGGCAAGCUUUGCAGGACAACCGAAAGAAACGCGAUUGGCGGUAUUUACUCGCUUGUGCUCGUGCGAAUCCUGAUGACGAUCCUGCUGAGAAGGACCCCGAGUUAAUGGAGCGGCUGGAGGCGAACCGUCGCAUCGCUGUCAAGAAGGAAUCUGAUGUGCUAGAAAAAUAUGUCAAAAUGGAGCAGUCAUAUGAUAGCGUAACACCAUUUAGCGUAGCUCAAGAUGCAUCAGAUGAUGAAGACGUUGGCGUAGCAGAAAUUAAUUAUGUGAAUAAUAAUAUUGUAGCGAUUUCAAGCCCAAGAGUGUACAAUCAUAACAGAACUUUUACUUCUCAAAAAGAUACUUUUAAUGAUGAAUAUUUUAAGUUUGUUGCUUCUCAAACAGACAACAUUAUACAUCAAAAUAAUUGUAUAGAUGGUACAAAUACAAGACUUCUUGAAAUAAGUAUAGAUAGUGUUGGCAAUCCAAACUUUUCUCUAGUCGCAAAUCCUGGUAACAAUGUCAAUGACGUUAACAAUAGAACAAUGUUGGAAGUUCAGGUUGAAAUUGACAAACCGCCAGAAGUUAAACUAAUAAACGUCCCUAGUAUAAAUUACAAUAAAGAAAAUCAAGUAUCAGUUCAAAACGUAGUUCUUGGAAUGAGUGAAGAAUCACAUAGAAGUGAACUCCUAGAUCCUAAAGCUGGAAAUAAUAAUAUGGAUUUUUCCUUGGGCAAUAUAGUAAUCCAAGAAGUUUUUUCAAUUGCGACUAAACAAGAAAUCAAAAACACUAAAGUAAAUGAUAGUGAUAUAAAUAUUAAAAUUAGAAAUAAUGAUAUUAGUUUUGAAAAUAAAUAUGUUGAACAGUCUAACAAAGUCCAAAAUCUUGAAGAUGUGGUUUCUACUGCUGAAACAAAUCAUAAAAACACAAUUGUGUCAUCACAAGAUAAUGUUGAAACAGAAGAGAUAUUCAUAAAUGAUGUUAAACCAGAGCCUUCAGAUGUUUUAAAGGAAAUGCAAAUGUUUGGUGAUUCGGUCACGGCAACCGUUUUUGAUAUUGAAGAUCCAUUUCUUGUUAUCGAGAUAUCGGAUAGUUCGGACGAAUCAGAUGGUGAUACAGAAAUUAGUGAAAGUCUGUGAUAUUCUUAAGAAUUAAUAAACUAUACCUAUUUUAUAUUUUAAAAAAGAAGGAAUCUACCAAUGUAUGCUACUUUCGUAUCGUGAAUAUCAUGGCUAGUGAAGUGCAAACAACGAAACGGUGCUUUUUUAUAUUUGUACCUUUUUACAAUAAAAUAAUCCACAAAAAUUUAUUAAUUAAAAUUAUAUGAUA